AUGUGUUACUAUGGUAGUUACUAUGGAGGCCUGGGCUAUGGCUAUGGUGGCCUAGGCUAUGGCUACGGCUGUGGCUAUGGCUGUGGCUGUGGCUAUGGUUGUGGCUGUGGCUGUGGCUGUGGCUAUGGCUGUGGCUACGGUGACUAUGGUGGCUAUGGUUAUGGCUGCUGCCAACCACUGUGCUGUAGAAGGUACUGGUCCUGUGGUUUCUACUGA